GCAUGCCCGUGCUUCUGUGAGGUGGAAGGCAUCACUUACACGCUCGGGUGACUUUCAUCCACUGGCACUGGCAAACUGCAUUAUCGAAAAGGCACUUCCGGAAUAUUUGAGCCUGCGCUUUCCUCGUCUUCCGGACUUCUCCUUCUUUGCCUUCUUUACACCCAUCACAUUCACGUUCCACAUCAUCCACAUCGACAAGUGAAAGAUGGAAAACGCGACUGAGUCAAAGUAUGCCAUCCAUGCGGCAGCUCGGGAAGGAAGGAUCGCUGCUGUCGAGUCGCUCCUCCAAGCCAACUCGAAGCUUGCCCAGCUCAAGGACGACGAUGGCAGACUCCCAAUUCACUGGGCGGUAUCAUACAACCACCCCGAAAUUGUCAGCCUGUUGAUCAGUCAAAAGGGAUUUGAUCCGGAUGCUGAGGACGACAGCGGCUGGACACCCCUCAUGAUCGCCGCCAGCGUUAAGGACGCCGACAAGGUGGCUGACAUUCUCCUCGCCCGGGGCGCCGACGUCAACCAGACAAAUAACAACGGCCAAACAUCCCUCCACUUCAUCGCCUCCAAGACCAACCUCGACCUCGCCCGCAAGCUGCUCGAGGGCGGCGGCGCGCAGGCGGCGUCGACGCGCGUGCGCGACAAGCGCGGCCAGUACCCGCUGCACCGCGCCGCCGCCGUCGGCUCGGUGCCCAUGCUCAACCUGUUGAUCAAGCACCGCAGCCCCAUCAACGCGACCGACUCGGCGGGGCAGACGGCCCUGCACCACGCCAUCGCCGAGGGGCACGGGGAUGCGGCCAUCGCGUUGUUGAAGGCGGGUGCGGAGGCCGGGAAGAAGGAUGUGGAUGGGUGUACGCCGUUGGAAUUGGCGCCGGCGAAGGACGUCCGGGAGUACAUCGUACGCAAGGCGGAGGAGGACGGGAUUGAGUUGUGAGGAAUGACGUUAGGAUGGGAUGGAGUCCUGACGGGGGACAGUUGAGACCGCAAUUGCGUAGUUUGGGCUCAAUUCUGGUUCGGUCCACAGAUGAAAGGCGGCUAGCCAGGAUAAGAGAAGAACAAGGCAUAGCAAAAUCGGCUCCUAUUUGAUGGUAUCUCCUAGUCCGCUACAUU